AUGUUCAAUGGCGGCCGGGCCUGGUUCUCUCAAAGCGUCAGCAAAGAGCUCUGCAGACUUUGGGUUGCUGAAGGAGGAGUCAUUACAAACCAGGAUACUGCUGACUAUCUGUUCAGCAGUGAUGCCUCCCAUCCUGAUACAAAAAGAAUACACCAGAGCGUAGAUUAUCUCGAAGACAGUAUUACGGUUUUUCAUUCUGGUUAUCUUACCGCUUGUGCCAACUCUGAUAUGUGGAACACGGUACCAUUGGGACAUUUCCUUCUCCCACCAGCCUGCUUGCAACAAGAAAUAAGAGAGAAAAUUGGAAGCUUUAUAUGGGAACAAAUACCCAAUUCGCAGAAGCCACAGAUUCCACAGGGCAGUCAACCCGUUGAAGUCACAGAAAUCAGGGAGGAAGCGACCCCAAAGAGCAAGACACCACUGGAAAAAAGUUACAUGAGAAACAUUCAUGCUCCUGAGACGCUAGAAACAGGCAAACGGAGUUACAUUCCACUUGGAGACUAUCCAGCAAGUAAUAUGGUGACAGGUUAUCCUUCUGCUAAAGACAUGAAGAAAUACCUUGGGGAAAUACGUGAUUUCACUCCUGGAUCUUCGGGUUAUUUGGCAUACUGGAUUCCAAAUGAUACAAAUGAUCUAUCUGUUGCAAAAGCAAAAGUUAAAAGAAAAUAAACUUCGUAAACGACAUCUAGAUUUUUAU